AGUUCAGAGCCCCUUCAACAAAGUUCGCAUCAAAUCGCAAUGCAUUUCUCCGAGUCCUUUCUCGUCUUCGUUACCACUGCUUUGGCAGCAUGUAUGUCUCAGCAAAUCUGGACAGCGAGUCGUGUUUCUGCUUUCGCAGUGCUAUGGCUGAUGGCACAACACGUAGUUUGUUGGAGUCAAGAUUUGUGCCGUGGCAUUCAAUAUUGCCAAAGUCUGCAUUAUCUGCAUAACGGCUGUAGCAGUCGAGACGGGACCAUUACUAACAGUGGGCGCGUCCAAGGCCUCGGACUCACCACGACUGACAUUAUUAUUGACCCAACCCUUGACGCGCGGAG